CCGUUUAUUCUGAAGGCAGCUCUGCAUGAGCUUCCUCCACCUGUCGCCCUGCUGAGACAGGAAAUCCCAUUCCAGUGACUCCACCAACUCCUGCCACAUCUUCAAGCUCCCCCUCGGGGAAACUGUGUAAAUACUGUGUUGCCAGGUUGGAGAAAAGUCCACCUUCUAGCGGAAUGCUGUGGUGUUUUCCUGGCGUGCAAGCGGCUUGAUUUGAAGGAUAGAAGGAACCGGAUCUGGAUCCCGUGAUGAACACAAGUAUCAGCUGGAACGGAUUUUCAAAAGACGGUAGUGCUGAGGCUUAAACUGACUGACGAAGAUGAGAGAAGGGGGUUUGUUCAUUGAAUUUAUCCACCGUGAGAAUUUAUGAUGAGUAUUUUUCAGAUGUCAGAUCGCUGUUCGUCCUGGAAGCCAUAGCUGUGGAUUUAUGCAAAAACCACUUCCUCCUUCUACCGUCCUAAGGAUUGACGGUCUGGCCUGACAUCAUUGGCUGGUCGUUGGGAAUGAAUCAUCGCCUUCUUCAGGGGGGUCCAGGGAUGCUGUCACUGUCACUGCACCCUUAAAAUACCACAGACAAACCGACUCGUACACAAACCCACCCAGCCCCGGCGUGUCUCUGUUCUCUGAGAUUACUAAACUGUGUUUUCUUUGGAGCCAGCAUGGAGGAAAUAAUGCGCAAGCUGCAAAAAGACGCGUCCGGCCACAAGCACAAAGCUAUCCGCGAUGCCUGCGUCUACGCCUACGAAACCCUUGAGUCUCAGAAUGGACCAGCCAAGAUUUCUCCUUCACAACUUCGAGCGUGUUGUCUGCUGCCGCUACAGAUGGCUCUGGAGUCAAAAAAACACCAAACUAGGACAGACGGCGCUUACUGGAAUGCAGAAGCUCCUGUGUGAGGACAGGUUUGUGGGCGGGGUCGGUGUGGAGGUAGAGGUGGAGGCUCUGGAGAAGCAGCUGCUCAGCCAGAUGUUGGAGGCCAUCAGAGUCACCCCAUCUCUCCAUGAAGACCUGCAGGUGGGAAGUCAUGAAG